CUGUUUGAGCGUAGCAGCAAGUAGCUGGUCAAGUCUCGAUUCAGCUUGGCUGUGUAUUUUCGAGCUUCUCUGUCACUUCAAGUUUCAAGCUUUGUAACUGUGUGUGUGUGUUCGAUGAAGAUUUUCAACGAUAAGGAUCCUCCUGCCGAACUUCUUGUAGACUGAUUAUAUGCUGGCCGGCGACUCUGGGACUCUCAUCAGUUUAGCUAGUCACUGCGAGAGGCUCCAGGCUUCUCGCUUUAUAUUCAGCCGGUUUAGUUGAUCUCAUUUACGUGUAUAAUGUCUAUGAGCAAUGGAAGGUCAGGUAUGAACUAUGACAGAGAUGCUGAUCCCGAGCGCCUUUUCACCAAGCUGGAGAGGAUUGGCAAAGGCUCGUUUGGUGAAGUGUUCAAGGGAAUCGACAAUGCCACGAACCAGGUCAUUGCAAUAAAGAUUAUUGAUCUUGAGGAAGCAGAGGAUGAGAUCGAGGACAUUCAGCAAGAAAUCUCAGUCCUCUCACAGUGCGAUAGCAGUUACGUGACCAAGUACUAUGGAUCCUACUUGAAGGGUGCAAAGCUAUGGAUCAUCAUGGAGUUCCUUGGUGGUGGCUCAGCACUGGACAUAUUGAAAUCUGGAUCAGUGGAUGAGUCUUAUAUUGCUGCCAUUCUGCGGGAAAUCUUGCGUGGCCUCGACUAUUUACAUUCAGAGCGAAAGCUACACAGAGAUAUCAAAGCUGCCAAUGUUCUUCUAUCUGAUACGGGCGAGGUGAAGCUUGCGGAUUUCGGUGUAGCUGGUCAGCUAACGGAUACUCUAAAUAAGAGAAGUACGUUUGUUGGUACACCGUUCUGGAUGGCGCCCGAGGUCAUCAAGCAGUCAGCGUAUGAUACAAAGGCGGAUAUUUGGUCAUUAGGAAUCACCGCAAUAGAGCUCGCCAAGGGGGAACCUCCCAACUCGGACCUUCACCCGAUGCGCGUUCUAUUUUUGAUCCCGAAGAACAACCCGCCUGAAUUGCAAGGAAACUAUUCCAGGGCGUUCAAAGAAUUCGUUGCUGCUUGUCUCAAUAAGGAUCCGAGUGAUCGACCCCCUGCGAAAGAGUUGUUGCGUCACCGGUUCAUCCGCGGUGCGAAAAAGCAAUCUCAUUUAAUUGAGUUGGUGGAGCGACAUAAGGCAUGGCGAGCAGCGGGUGGUAACACGGCAGACAGGGAGAGUGAUAGUGAUAGCAGCGACAGCGAUGAGAAUGAAGAGGAGGAAGAAUCGCCGGAGUGGAACUUUGAUACAGUGCGGGAAGGUAGCGGUGCGGGCGCCGCGAUGGCCGCAGCACUGCGCGGUGGCGAGGAAGUAACAACGAAUGGCGAGGUGACAGCGUCUGCCUCCGCAGCGACAGCAUCAGCAGACACAUCGACAACAACAACAAGUGCAGCGGCAGCAUCUGCACCUGCGCCAGUGGCUGCACAGCCGGCAGCGCCUGCAGCAGCAGCGGUAGCUCCUGCACCUGCGCCUGCACCCGUUCGAGCGGCCCCAGUCCGGCAACCAUCAAGAGGUCUCCAGACUGUAGUCGUCCCAGUUCUGAAUGAGCUGCAACAGCGACCUGGUGCCGAAGCGGGCUCCAUUCGGGAGCUACAGCAAGCGUUUGAAUUGGCAGAGGUCUCGUAUCCAGGUAUCACAGAUGAUCUCCUGCAGCACAUUGUACAGCAACUGAAGGCAAUAAACUGAUCGUGUUCAUAACUCUGCAUUACGCCUGUGCGUCUUCAUUUGAGUCCGGAGAACUUGUCGUCGAUGUCACCAUCUGUGUGCAAUGUGCAUCUACACAGCCAGCGGUGAUGAUCUAUCGUCCCCAUCUUCUGCCGCUAUACUUAUAGUAUCUGGUUGCUGUGCACUUCGUGUUAUUUCCUGCCCUUUCCUUAUUUUUGUGAGAGAGAGAUAAUCUUGAGAUCUACGCAUUCGGUUCUGCGAGGUACCUUUGUGAUGUUGUGAAGUGCACAUUGUGUUAUGUUUCCCUCAUAAGUUCCUGCACCCAGCGCUGCCUUCCCGCUGGACUGCUACCGCCCACGUCUGAGCAUCUCGCUGCACGUCUGGCGAGUGACCAGCCGUCGUUACGACCGAGCACCGUAGCUGCUCUGCCGAUUGACCGUCUAGCACUACUACUGUGCUGUUAUGCUGUGCUGGGCACUGAGCAGCGGGCUUGUUUCUCCUGUUACUGUAAGAUGACCAUCCCGUGGUGUGUCUGUCUGUCCUUGAUCUGCUACUGCUGUAUUGUGAUACAAAUUACUCUGCACACCUGUAAUCAUAAUUAUGUGCCUUACUACCCGCUAUGCGCUUCUGUAAAUAGAGCUUCAUGUGGCUUCUGAGACUGAACCAUUCGUCGACCCGUCGUUCUUUAUUUUAAAUCUGCUGCCUCCCCAAGGUCACGCCUUCUGUCAUUUUAAAAGUCACAUGAGUCCAUUGCUUCAAAUCAUCUUCUCUUUUUUUCUACACUGCUUGUAAAAAGAUUGCUGUCUUCGUUCUGCUUCGCACUCUAUCGGGCCGUCUGCUUAAUAUUAUGCCAACAGAGGGCGGCUUUUGCCCACCGCGGUGUACCAUAUAUGCGUCUUCAUUUUAGUGCUAUUUUAUUCACGCCUCAUACUACCAUGAAAUAGCAGCAGCAGCUGUCUGUGCUUGUUAGGGUUUUUCUCUCCGUUGUCUUCAGCACCGGCAACAUCACAGCUGUCUCUUAUUCGUUCGCUCGUCCUUUGAUAGGACUGCAGAUUACAUGUUCACUACUCGACCCACCCCUUCCUUCCUUCGUUCGUGAGGCCUUCUCCAGUGUUCUACGCCUCACCCUGGCUCCUCUGGUUCAUCUUGAAAUAUGUUGUUCUUUUGACAUAUUUUGUGUAUGAAUGUUUUCAUAUCCCGUACGCUCGGCCGGCCAUGGCCGUGCGCUUUAUA